AUGCCCUCCUCCAUUCAUUGUCCAAUUUCGUCAUCCCUCACAAUCAUGGCAGCUACCACGACCGUCGAUCGCCAAGCCGCCCCAGCGCCAGCGGGAGCCGGCGACAUCGCCGAUUUCAACGUGGCCGACAUGGCCCUCUACGGCCUGCAGCGCGCGCGCCAGCGUCUCGAUGCCCUGGAGUCGAAAUCGCAUUGGGAGCUCGCCGACACCGCCUCCUUUGACUGUAUGCACUACCUAGGCGACGCGGCGCUGCACGCCGCCGCCAAGGCCAUCCACCUGCAGCCGGGCGCGCGCGUUAUCGACAUCGGGGCCGGCUUCAGCGCCACCGGCCGCUUCCUGCACAAAAACUACGGCGCCGACGUGACAGGCGUGGAGCUGCAGCCCGAGAUCCACGACAUGGCGGAUACGAUCACGGCGCGAAACGGGCUCUCUGCGCACGUGCGCUCCGUCAACGGCGACUUCACCCAGCUCGCCGCCCCGGAGCAGCCCGUGGACCACAUCCUCUCGUUUCUGUGCAUCCUGCACAUCCCGGACCGGGCGGCCGUGUUCGGCAAGGCGGCUUCGAUGCUUCGAGAAGGCGGAACGAUGUACCUGGAGGACUUUUUUGCGCGGGGUGGUGCGCUGGAUGAGACGACAUCGCAGCAGCUGCGAGACAUUGUGUCUUGCCCGUAUCUGCCGAGCAAAGAGCGGUACGUCGCCGACUUGGAGGCUGCGGGCUUUGGAAAUGUCACGUUUGAGGAUAUGACGGCGGAUUGGGCCGAGUUUGUGCACGGUCGCGCCGCAGAGUAUAAGCAGUCGACCGCUCCUGAGCCUUUGUUGUUGACUUUUUAUAACACAGUCGAUGAGUUGUUCCAUAAAGGACAACUAGGUGGUGCGAGGAUCAUGGCAACAAAGAUGGAGUAG